CAGGAGACGCGCAUUCCAUCCGAAUCUAAAACACGCUUUUGGAGGCCCUCUGACACUAAGGCUCAGGCUGACACCGUCGCGGCUUCAGCACCUCGUCGUGCGAACAUAAGUGUGACUCUUGAUGAAACUGUGAUGUGUUGUGAAGAUGUGUGAUAUGUGUUUAGUGUGAAACAUACGGCUUCUUCCUUGAAGUAUGUUGAAGUGACAUAUUAGUGGAGUGCACUUGGAACCUCGGAACCCGCACGGGUAUCACGUAUCUUGAAAAGUGACAUUAUGCCGAUUUUUUUUGACAUUAUGCUGUUAUUUUUUUGACACUAUACUAUAUAUAACCUUGGGUAUACGCACACCACUGUUUAUUCACAAAUUGCUUUUCAUAGUGUACGCAACAGAUCAUAAACAACGUUACGUAAAUCUGUGAUCCCUAAAUAAACAUGGACUACCAAUAAAAUAGGAAACUACAAAACGGAACAGACUGGAAGUGAGACGUAGAUGCUGUUGCCGCGAACUGUGCAGUGCGUGAAAUAAUUGAGGACUUUUGGAUUGACUUUGAAUAAUUUAAUGGUGUGAACCUGUGGUGUAAAGUGCGAAACCAUGUUUUUGUGAGGAUUGAGUUCAGAUUGGAGCAUGCCCAGUAUGACGACGACUAGCCACGGAGGUGUGCUGUACUACGUGGUGAAAGUGCCAAAGGAUGGGGAAGAGGAUGGAACUGCGAGUGUGGAAAGUGGUUGGGAGAAUCCGUUCCGGCCGGGGGGCGACCUGAGUCGAGAGGCAGACGAAAUCGUCGAACUAAUCAAGGGCGGUAAGCCCAUUACCCCCACUCCUGGCCAAGCGCCAUCCAUACCUGACGACCAGCUGGACGGACAUCAUCAGCAGAACAGCGUGCACCCAAACCAGGAACCUGUGACACAAUCUCCAAAGAAGGCCACCCAGCUGAACUCUACUCCGAAGAGUGCGAACGGUACGACGAAAGUGGACGCAAAACCUGGUGCAGUAGAUGUCCAACGGACGACGUUGAAACCCCAAGCAAAUGUUCAGGUCGAGCACGUAAACAUCAAGAAAAAGCCGAAGUGCAAGUGCUGUGUGAUCCAGUGAGCCCCCGCUGGUAGGGUGGCUGCUGUUCGCUAAACACGACGAAGAUGAUAAUGAUCCUGCAACAGCUGUUGACGAUGAUGAAGAUGACUGAUGGGUGGUGUUGUGUCUGUGAUAUUUUAGUUGUCUCCGAUGGACUUACUUCGGAGCGGACUAUGGACAAUGGAUAACGGGUGCGGAAAGACGUGAUGAUUUUAAGGAUCAGAUGAUGAAAGGAGAUGGGGGUCACGUUGAUGUUUGUAUCAAGAAAUGAUAAUUAAAAGAACAGUAAAAAAACGCAAAAAGAAAUCAAUGGAAAUUAUAUGGUGGUAUGUGGUGCUAGAUAUGUCAUCUGAGACCCGGCAGUCGUGAGCCAGAAGCCAUAUGAUGUCAGAUUAAGUGACAGUCAGGUGGGCUCAGAAUGGACCCAGACAUAUUAUGUCAAAUGACAUGGUGUCCUUGGUAUCAGGCUUAAGCACUAUAGAAUAUAUGCUUAGAUCUAGGUUGACUGAGCAUCUACCGUAUUUUCAAGCGAAAAGCCCUAAAGGCAUUGGCAAGCCCAGGAAUUUGCUUAUUGGUACCAAGUUGCAUGUGAGUAAUUUGUCAUUAGGAAGGUGAUGAGUAUUCUUGGAAAACAGUAGUGUUGAUCAGUACAAAUAUAAAAAGAACGAUUUAAUAAUUUUACAUUCCUACCGCUCUGAACCACUUUCAAUUUAUCGAUGAAAAAAACCGUUUUAGAUCGAUAUCAAAAAAUUCGGACUUCAACGUGACCUACCCUAGGGUUGAAAAAGGAACACUUGACCAACAAAGUACCAACCCAUUUAGAUAUAUCAUUUUUUCAAAGUACUAAUGAAAUAUACAAUCUUCAAAAGAAUCUUUUCAUUACUUGACGAAUUCAGAUAUGCAAGGUGAUAUAGUUUUUACUCUUUUCAGUGCAAAACUAGAAUGGACAAAUUACGCUAUUUUCAAAUAAUUGUUUGGCCAUCUAUCUGGCCUAUCAGAGGUAUGUAAAAUAUUUGUUUAUAUUUUAUAUAACUGAAUUGAAGUCUAGUAUCACCUUGUAUAUUCAGUACCACUCUUAUAUGACAUUGUGAGAUUGGAAAUACUUGUAUAAUCCUCUAGGACUAAGAUAUUUGAUUGAUACUAUUACGUAUGUUGAUACGUAUUUCAAGUGUCUGUUUUGUGAACCUAGAAGGUGUAGAGAAUGCAUUCAAAAAUAAUGGUUCUAACAUUUCUAGUUCCUUAUAGCUAAAUGUUAGUAUUGGCUUAUGCAUGAGUGAUAUUCAAGGUAAUAAUUUAUAUGACAUAGACACUGGCUGAAAUAUUUUUUUAAGUAUCAACCAGAUACCUAAAGUCAGAUGUAGACACUGAAAGCAGCUGUAAGAAUGUGCUUGAGCUAUGCGAGGCAAUUUUUUGUACAUUUUUGUAUACCACCAUUCUUAGUAGCAAUAUCACUAAAUUUCAUUUAUUAUUUUGAUUAUAUUGGAAUAUUCAUUUAUAUCAUGUCUCGAAGAUAGGUAUUUAUGUAUUUAUUCUGAGCUUCUAGUUAUAUACUACAUAAUAUUUUGGAGACACCUUGGCGGAAAUAUCUUGAGAAAAUAAUCUUGAUUCAUAUAUCAUAAUGUUGUUGACUCAGAGUUCUAAUUUUGAAUAGUACAAAGGAAAAAUCAAAUAACUUAAGUACCUUUCUCUAUAAACCUUUUAUCACAGAUACAACAUGCUUUUUCUGAUAUAGCAAAAUCUUUAAAUGUUGUUGCAAUUCAAAUUGUUUAAACUUGUGAAUUCUCCUUAACAGAUAUAAUAAAAAUAUAAUGUAUUUAAUUGUACAGAUGAAAGUGUAUUGUAUAUUUUUAAGUGAAGAUAUGAAAGGUGUACAAAAUAUUUCUCAAGAAUUAACUGUGUAUUAGCAAUAUGGCAAUGUAUGAUAUUUAUCAAGGUUAAAUACUUUGUUUUUGAGAUAAAGUGAGCACAGUUAGGAGCUAAUUUUCCGAAAUGUUGUUUUAUUUUAAAUUCGUAUAUACUUUUAAAAUAACAUAAUAAAUAUGUUUUAUUUACUUAAAUGACAUAUUUUUCAAACACACAGUAUUACAAUGUGGAGUGCUAUAUAUUUUAUGGUGCUUCAGAUAUUUUGUUUCUCAAUAAAUCCUGUUAAAGAUGUGUCUCUUUUUUAUCACCUAAAUUACAUCAUUCCUACAAAAUUAUGUUAUAUUGUGAGUCAACGUGAAAAUCUAGUCAUUCUACCAACAUCUGUUAUGCGGUAAGGACAAUUCUAUUACGAAAUUCGCACAACAGUUUAAGAAUAUUUCUCAUGAACUUGAAAUUUAGAAUAAAACAACAUAUAUAAUGAUGUCUAUAAUUUCAUGUCCCAGCGUUACUCCAAGAACUUUUCUAUUAUCAGUACCUUCAAUACUAGGAGAGUUCAAAGAAAAAAAUAGAAUAUCAGGUUAAUAUGACAUUAUUUUUUGAAUUGCCACUGAAAGUACCAGGCGCAAAAUGUGGAAUUUGACCACCGGUUAAUUCUAAAAGUAUGCCAAAUGUAUCAGAGUGCUGCAAAACGUUGUCGUCUCAAAAACGUUGAAAGGAACAUCCGUGUAUUUUUACACCAUCAGAUUUGCGAAUUUUCUCUUAAUAUCAGUUUUAAUACUGCUUUAUUAGCAUUAUAGAUUAUACAUGAUAAAGGAUAAGGUGUUUCAUUGGAAAAAACAUUGUUGUGCCACGGAAUUAAUAAUAAUAAUAAUAAUAAAGCCCAACAGUACAGAUACCAUUUAUAGAGCAAUACAUAGUACAGUACAAUGGUUUAAUUUACACAGUCUGUGUGCCAUAAAGUGAUAAACAGUACCCCGUAUACCUCUAAUUAAUUUGGAAAUGCAUACCCAUCGUUUUCGAAUAUCUUUUAUAGUUUUUCUGUUAACUAAUCCUUUUCGUUGGGAUAUCCUGUAUUUUUUUAUAUUCCGACUACCACGAAGGCCUAAACACCCAUGGGGUACCGUGGGGCUAUAGGGAGAUACAGGGGAAAGGGAGAACGCCACACGGACUCUGGUGAGGGAACACGUGUGCAUGCAACAUGCACACAUUCUGGCCCGCCUACGAGAUCCGCCGGGUGGUACCUCUGCGUUCGACAGUCAGAGACCGUCUACCACCUACGGACAAUCACAACAUCCAUAUCCAAGAGAAAAAGUUCUCUUGGGACGGGAUUCGAACCCACACAGCACACGGCGACUGAUCAGGAGACCGAAGAGUCUACUACUGCGGCCACCGCUGCUGCCUGAAUAUAUUGUGUUCACGUGAUUUUUAUUAUGUCGUAAAUAUGAGUUAGUUUUCGUAAAAUGGUGCAGGCAGGCUCACCCUCAGGGGCUAAAGCACUAAAUCUUAACACUCUAUUUCACCAAAAGAAAGCGUUUCUGGGCUUGGCGCCCAAUGGAACAUUUGAUCAGCACAACAUGAACUAUCCAUAUACGAAUUUUGAUUAAAAUUGACAGGUGGUCAAAUUCCAUGUGUUGUGUCUGCUAGUAAUGUAGAAGGUUUUAUGUCAAAAUGAAGUCUCCAUAAUGGCUGGAAACCUCAAAUACAGAUUCUUCAUAUUCCUAAAAUAUCUGUAACAGUGUCUCUAUUGUUAAGGUAUGUUGGAGUACCGUUGGGUAUCUCACCGAUUUUCACAAAAUUUUUACUCAAUUUGCAGUUUUUUGUGGAUACUUAUUACAGGGUUCAUUCAUUUUUAAUUCAUACAUGGAAAUGCGUUUGGUGUGGUAUUUGAUUGGUUGGUAAUUAGCCUUUUUAUCAAGAGAAUCGUCACAUAUAGUGAUACCAGUAGUACUAUACCACUCAAAACAUUUGCUAUGGGCAGUACAUAGUAUUUCCUGUUACACAGAAAUUAUUCUUGAAUUGUCUGGUAUUAGUGGUAACAUACUGCAUGUUUAUGUGAAUUGGAUCUGUAUAGACUUUGAUUACUGCAUAUUUCUUCAAUUAUCAACAUUUUACUUUACUUAUAUCCUGAAUAUUAUGUGACGCCAUAGAAUAGAGCUAGCGAUGUUAAAAUAGCAACUACAUUAUUUUUAUAUACAAAUGGCUUGGAGGCAUUGUCUGUAAUCCUGAACAUUUCGGAACUACGUGGUAAAAAGUAGCGAUAUGUUAGUCCUAUAUCUUUCUGUAAGCUGUGCAUGCUUUUUGUAACAUGUCAAGAGCUCUUAUUCAUUUGCACUAGUAAGGCAAAUCUGGUGAAAUCGAAUGUCUUUGAUUAAUUGGCAUGGUCUUUCAUUAAAGCAUAAAAUACAAAAUGAAUUCUAUUCAGUUUAUUUUUUGAAAAGUUAGGUUUCAAGUGAUUUUGAGAAAAAAUCUAUCGUAGAUUCUUUUAUUAAGAACAUUCGAAGCAGGACUAAUUUUUUACAGUUUGGUUUCAAAAAAAUUGGUGAAUAUGAUCUCUUCACAAGUUACGAUACUUGUUACAAAUGGUAUUUUUCUCCACAUGCUGUAUGAUUUGCGAAACAUAAUUAUGUUGAAUGUGUUUUGUAUGUUUGAUAAAUAUACGUGGGGGUUUUAGAGCCAGAGAUGCAAGACUCAAGACUGUAUGCCUUACAUAGACAGCUGAAAUCUUUUUUAGUGACUCUCAGGCGUGGAAGCUAGACAGAUUAUUUCUGUCCAAGAUGUGAGUUACUUUGAAAAGCCUGCAAUCGUUUUAACGUUUUCUUCGAUUUUGCUUAAAUGGUUAUAGGUGAAACUGCAUAUGAUAUUCGCCCCCAAAGGUAUCCAAAUCUAAAUCAAUCCAAAUUAAGGUAUGUGAUUUUUGCUGUCGCAAUUUUGCUCAAAACGUUUUGAAAAAAUUACCGAUGCUAUUAUAUUGUUAUAUUCCUACAUAUCCGUGGUUUUUAUAGAUUUGUGGAACGAAUAGGUCGGAGAACAAAUAUUUUGGAGUUGUUUUCCAAUUUUCUUCAAUUUCUAACAUUAUAAACGUAGGAUAUCAUAAGUUGACUUACUUAAAUGUUUAACAUACAUAUGCAUAUUUGUGCAUUUUUUUAGGUUGUACACUCAAAAUAUUGACUUGUUUCCCGAGAAACUGCGAAAAACCGCAUUUUCGAUUUAUGGUGAUUUUUCGGACAAGAAAUCAUGUUGUUGUUAACGGAACUGAAAGAUUAGUAGAAAAAUUGUAGAACAUCAGCGUGCGCGCGGUUUUUUCUAUUUUUCCAGUUUUCAGGGCAACAUAACACGAUUUUGAUGAUGAUACCUGAAAGAGUACACAAAAUAUAUACGCGCAUUGAACUUUUGAAUUAGCUAAGUUGAAAAUAUCUGAAUAUGGAAAAAACGGUGAAAAUAAAAAAUACCAGGUGACUCAACUAUUGCUUUACUGACCAAAAGCGUCUAAAAUCGAAGCAUGUGAAAAUGCGAUUUUUCCAAUUUUCGCAUUUUCCGGAAAAUUUUGAGUGUGGAAACUUAUGCUGUCAUACGUUUGAAGUUCCAAAAAGUUGGAAAAAUACGGUGAAAAUGCUGUUUUUUCUGUAUUUGUAGAUUUUUAGACAAAAAACUCAUGAUUUCGUUAGUGGAUCUGAAAAGAACGGAAGAAAGCACUUAUAUACAGUGGCCUUUUAAGUUUUCGAAAUUAAAUAUAUUUUCAAUUUUUUCGAGUUUUUGAGGUUAGGGGCAUCUAGGGAGGGGGGCCUGGAUGUGAAGAUUUGGCUAAGGUGAUUUGGCCCAAUAUGUCUUAGUUUGGAUUGACCCAGAUUUAAAUACCUUUUGGGGCAAUUUGCAUAUACGUCAUAAAAUAGUACGACGAAAAAAUAGGGAAGAUAGGCGAAAGGCAGAUCUGCAACAUACCAAAAAAUGACCCUAGUAAAAGUUUCACUCAUUUUGAGAUAUUAAUUUUUUUUUGUAUUUUUCGAAAAAAAUCCUCGUUUGAUCUAACUUUUGCUGCUCAUUAAGCUCAUUAAGCAGGUAAUUUAUCGCAGUACCUAGCAGUAGCAAUCUAGUAUAGUUAUAUUUCAUUGCUGAAUACCAAAUUUGAGUAAAAUAGUUUUCUAAAAUAAAAAUUAUGAAGAGGAAAUUAGUUUGUCAAGUUUACCUACUUGUAUUUAUCCAAAAUGAUAUUUCAAAUGACAGACCAACUAUCUGAGAACAUUUUGCAAAAAAAAUCAUACAGAUAUCCUGUUAAUUCUAGGCACAGCAACAAAAGAUAGAUUGAAAAAAGAGAGACAAAAAAUUGAUAUCUCAAAAACAGUGAAACUUUUACUAGGCUCAUUUUUUGGUAUAUCAUUGUAGAUUUGCCUCCGCCAAUCGUCCCUAUUUUUUGUCAUACUAUUUAACGGACUGGUAUGUAGUUUCGCCUAAAGCCAAUUUCAGACCUACUAGACAUUUAGGUCUUGAUAACUUUAUAAUUCGAAUGACAUUGAUAAGAGCAUGGGUUAAAGUCAAGUGAGUUUUUCGUAUCUGAUUUUGAAACUAUCCUCACGCGCACGUAUGAAGCUAUAGCUAGACACCAUUUCCAUCAAAUGUUGUAUACUCAAAACACUGUUGAGCAUAGGAUCCACGAAUAUUAAAAUGAACUAGUGAUAAUGAUCACUCUAGAACUGAAUGGUUCAUAGUAAGAAAGACUUGUACUAUAUUUAGGAGCGAAUAAGCUUGUUUUGCUUGAAAACUAUAGUUUUAGAUUGUACAUUUUAUGGAUGAAACGAUGAUGUAUUUUGUUAUAUUUACAAGGAUAUAUUUUUUGGAUGUCAAUUAUCUCUUCUUUUUAUAUAACAUGGCAGUAAAUCAGCAGCUUUUACUUUUUCUUGGUUGUGAAUCUUGAUGAGAACUUAGCAAUAUACAUAUUAUUUUUUAUUAAUAAUUGUACUUCCCACGCAGAUUUUAUAUUAUGUAUCUAAUAAUUGUUAUCCCAUUUUAUAUAUUUGUGUAUUAUAGUGUACUAUAAAUUAACGUAUUAUUUUAUUUAUAAACUAUGUCAUAUUACAUUGAAUAUAGUUUGAUGUACCGAC